AUGGGAGCCGGCAGGCGGCAGGCCCUGCCCCUCUGGGCCCUCCUCCUGGCCAUCUCCUCCUCCAUGCAGCAGCAGCAGCAGCAGCCAGACCACGAGCAGCCUCCAGGGGCUGCAGACCGGACAGGAGGGGGCUGGGAAGCCCGGCUGGCCGGCCGGGCUCCAUCUCUGGACGGGGGAUCCCGGGGAAGGGGGAGCCGGAUUUCCGUGGCCCUGAGAAGUGGCCGCCGAGCCCACCCCCAGCCCUCAGACCGUCGGAGCGAGCAGGGCCUGGGCCUCCGGGGGGGUCGCCUGCCUCCCUCCCACUGCCCUCCUUGGGCCCGCAGACCCGUGAACGCGAGCCCCAGGGCACGAGGCGCCCCGUUCCCUGCUCCAGGAGGGCUCUUUGAGGCUGGAUCCACAGUCAGCCCUCGGGGCGCUUCUCCUGCCCCCGCCAGGGUCCCCUUUGGACCCCGUCCUCGUGGCUGGGUGCUCCACUGGGCCGACCUUUGGGGGCUCGCUCGAGGCCAGCCCUCGUGGCCCCUGGGGUCCCUGCUCUCCCAGGCCCGCCCAGGGGUCCAAUCGGUCACAGCUCCCCGCUGCCGAGCAGCAGCGCAGGGCUCCGGAGAAGCCUCUCCAAUGAGACCCAAGGGGCGGCCCCUGCUCCUGUCAGAGGGGGGGGAGGCCCCUCGAAGGCUCCUCCGUCUCCUGAGAACCCCAGACACCGCUCUGGAUGGUGAGGACCGGCCCGGGUGUCCGGCCCGCUGCGGCCACGUCCGUAGCCUGCGUCAGGGAAACGGGGAUGGCGGAGGGCAAGCUCAGUAUGACGUGUCGGACGUCAUGUAUGACUACCAAGCCUCUCUGCAGGAGCCGGGCGCUUCCCCAGACAACCUGCUCCAAGGCACCCUCCCUCCGAUGACCGCCAUCUCCACCGUCAAGACUCUCAGCCCAUCCCACAACGGCCGGGUGUGCAGCACGUGGGGAGACUUCCACUACAAGACCUUCGACGGGGACGUCUUCUACUUCCCCGGCCUCUGCAACUACGUCUUCUCCUCCCACUGCAAGUCGCCUUACGAGGACUUCAACAUCCAGAUCCGGCGCUCGCCGGGGCCCCACGCCACCACGGCCGUGAGCCGGAUCACCCUGAAGCUCGAUGGCACCGUGCUGGAGAUGAACCAGGACGCCAUCCUGGUCAACGGCCGCCCGGUUCAGCUGCCCUUCAGCCAAGCGGGCAUCCUGGUGGAGAAGAACGGCAUCUACGUGAAGGUGGUGGCCAAGCUGGGCCUAGUGUUCAUGUGGAACCAAGAUGACGGGCUCCUGCUGGAACUAGAUGCCAAGUAUGCCAACCAGACCUGCGGCCUCUGUGGAGACUUCAACGGCAUCCCCACCUACAACGAGUUCUUCUCCAAUGAUGUCAGACUGACAGCAGUCCAGUUCGGGAACCUGCAGAAGAUGGAUGGGCCCAUGGAGCAGUGCCAGGACCCCGUCCCGAGAGCCCCCCACAACUGCACAGCGCGCAGCAGGGUGUGCUUCCCGUUUCCCCAGGAUUUCUGUGGGGCCAUCCUCAACAGCGCCCCCUUCGCCGCCUGCCACGCUCUGGUGGACGUCAGCAGCUACGUGGAGGCCUGCCGGCAGGACGUGUGCCUCUGCGAGGAAGCCCACUACACCUCCUGCAUCUGCAGCACCUUCGCCGAGUACUCCCGCCAGUGCGCCCACGCCGGAGGGCUGCCCGCCAACUGGAGGGCCCCCGACCUGUGCCACAAGAGCUGCCCCUGGAACAUGCAGUACCGGGAGUGCGGCUCCCCCUGCAAGGACACCUGCUCCAACCCCGACCAGUCACUGCUGUGCGAGGACCACUGCACGGACGGCUGCUUCUGCCCCCUGGGAACGGUGCUGGACGACGUGGCGGGCCGGGGCUGCGUGCCGGUGGAGCAGUGCUUCUGCACGUACAACGGGCAGCCGUUCGCCCCCGGAACCUUCUACUCCACCGAAUGCACCAACUGCACGUGCUCCGGCGGCAAGUGGAGCUGCCAGGACCUCCCCUGCCCGGGCACCUGCUCCGUGACGGGCGGCGCCCACUUCUCCACCUUUGACGAGAAGCACUACACGGUCCACGGCGACUGCAGCUACGUCCUGGCCAAGCCCUGCGACGACAAGGCCUUCACCGUCCUGGCAGAGCUCCGCAAGUGUGGACUGACCGACAGCGAGACGUGCCUCAAGAGCGUGACUCUCAGUGUGGGGGGUGGGCACACCAUGAUUGUGGUCAAGUCCACUGGGGAGGUGUUUGUGAACUGGAUCUACACGCAGCUGCCCGUCUCAGCAGGCAACGUCACCCUCUUCAGGCCUUCCUCCUUCUUCAUCAUCGCUCAGACCAACCUGGGCCUCCAGCUGACCAUCCAGCUCAUCCCCACCAUGCAAGUCUUUGUGAGGCUGGAGCCGUCCCUUCGGGGGCUGACCUGCGGUCUCUGCGGGAAUUUCAACAGCAUCCAGGCGGACGACUUCAGGAGCAUGAGUGGGGUGGUGGAAGGCACGGCCGCCGCCUUCGCCAACACCUUCAAGACUCAGGCCGACUGCCCCAACGUCAGGAACCACCUGGAGGACCCCUGCGCGCUCAGUGUGGAGAACGAGAAGUAUGCCCAGCACUGGUGCAGCCUGCUCACUGACCCACAGGGAGUCUUUGCCCUGUGCCACACGGCGGUCAACCCAGCCCUGUACCACUCGAACUGCAUGUUCGACACGUGCAACUGUGAGAAGAGCGAGGACUGUCUGUGCGCGGCGCUCUCUGCCUACGUGCAGGCCUGCGCCGCCCGCGGAGUGCUGCUGAGCGGCUGGAGGUCCGGAGUCUGCACCAAGCCCAUGAGCUCGUGCCCCAAGUCUCUGACGUACCGCUACAACAUCAGCACGUGCCAGCCCACCUGCCGCUCGCUCAGCGAGCCCGACGUCACCUGCAACAUCAAGUUCUUCCCCGUGGACGGCUGCACCUGCGAGGAGGGCACCUACAUGGACGCCGCGGGCAAGUGCGUGCCCGCCGCCAGCUGCCCGUGUUACUACCACGGGUCCGUCGUGCCCAACGGAGAGUCCAUCCACGACAACGGGGCCGUGUGCACGUGCACCCAGGGCAGACUGGACUGCAUCGGAGGCCGGGUGCCCGAGCCGGUCUGUGCCGCCCCCAUGGUCUACUUUGACUGCAGCGAGGCCCCGGCGGGAGUCACGGGAGCCGAGUGUCAGAAGAGCUGCCACACGCUGGACAUGGCCUGCUAUAGCACGCAGUGUGUCUCUGGCUGCAUGUGCCCGGACGGGCUGGUGUCAGACGGGGAAGGAGGCUGCAUCCCAAAGGAGAACUGCCCGUGUGUCCACAACGAGGCCAGCUACAAGGCUGGUGAGACCAUCCAGGUGGAGUGCAACACCUGCACCUGCAAGAAUCGAAUGUGGCACUGUACCGACGAGUCCUGCCUGGCCACGUGUGCUGUGUACGGCGACGGGCACUACAUCACCUUUGAUGGCCAGCGCUAUAGUUUCAAUGGGGACUGCGAGUACACUCUGGUCCAGGACCACUGCGGGAAGAACAGCAGUGCCCAGGGCACGUUCCGAGUCAUCACCGAGAACAUCCCCUGCGGGACCACAGGCACCACCUGCUCCAAGGCCAUCAAGAUCUUCCUGGGGAGCUACGAGCUGAAACUCAGUGAAGGGAAGGUGGAGGUGGUGGAGAAGGCAGAUGCCAAGGAGGAGCCGCCCUACAGCAUCCGCCAGAUGGGCAUCUACCUGAUCGUGGACACCAACAUCGGGCUGGUGCUGCUGUGGGACAAGAAGACCAGCAUCUUUGUCCAACUGAGCCCAGACUUCAAGGGGAAGGUCUGUGGGCUCUGCGGGAACUACGACGGCAACAGCGUCAACGACUUCACCACCAGGAGCCUCUCGGUGGUGGGCGACGUGCAAGAGUUUGGCAACAGCUGGAAGAUCUCCCCGUCCUGCCCGGACGCCGUCUCCCCCAGGGACCCCUGCACCGCCAACCCUUACCGCAAGGCCUGGGCCCAGAAGCAGUGCAGCCUCAUCAACAGCGACGUCUUUGCCGCCUGCCAUCCUCAUGUCGAACCCACCAAAUACUACGAGGCCUGCGUGUCCGACGCGUGCGCCUGUGACACUGGCGGAGACUGCGAGUGCUUCUGCACAGCCGUGGCGGCCUAUGCGCAGGCCUGCAACGAGAUCGACGUCUGUGUCUCCUGGAGGACGCCCAGUAUCUGCCCUCUGUUCUGCGACUACUACAACCCCAACGGCUCCUGCGAGUGGCACUACCAGCCCUGCGGUGCUCCCUGCAUGAAGACCUGCCACAACCCCAGCGGGAAGUGCUCCCAUAACAUCCGAGGCCUGGAAGGCUGCUAUCCCAAAUGCCCUCCAAAGGCCCCCAUCUUUGAUGAAGAUAAGAUGCAGUGUGUCCAGAGCUGUGCGCCCUGCUACGUCAAUGGGACAUACUACCCGCCAGGCUCCCCAGUACCCUUGCACAAGAACUGCCAGUCAUGCUCGUGCACCGAGGCCGGCAUCCAGUGCACCUAUGACUCCAGCGCGUGUACCUGCACGUACGAGGGGAAGCACUUCCGCCCUGGGGAGAUCAUCUACAACACCACGGAUGGCACCGGGGGCUGCAUCGUUGCCAGCUGCGGGCCCAACGGCACCAAAGAAGCCAAGGUGUACGAGUGCGGCAUCACCACGCCGGCCCCCCCCACCACCCCCUUGUCCGACAUCACCACCCUGGUUACUCCGGCGACUCGAGAAUCUUCAACGGCUCCUAGCCCGAUGCCCGUCACCCCUGGAGUUGGCACCGUCACACAGCCAGGCACGGUCCCCACUACAGACACUAGUGUUACACCCACGAUUCACGCAGAGAGCGUCAGCACACUCAGCACACAGGCGGUAACCCCGCCUUGUGUUCAAGAGGUUUGCACGUGGAGCCCUUGGCUGGACGUCAGCCAUCCGGGAAGAGGAGCCAACAGCGGAGACUUCGAUACGCUGGAGAACAUCAGGGCGGCCGGCUACCGCGUCUGCAAGUCCCCUCGGGAGGUGGAGUGCAGGGCUGCCGAGUUCCCUGCCGUGCCCUGGCAGGAGCUCAACCAAACGGUGACGUGCAGCCCAACAGAGGGGCUGGUCUGCCUCAAUAAGGAGCAGGCGUCCGGGAAGUGUGACAACUACCAGAUCAGAAUUUUGUGCUGCCUUUCUCAGCCAUGUGAGCCCCACACAGCCACGGCCACGGCGACAGAGCCAGGCUCCAGCACGGUGACCCAGCCCACGUCCAUUGUCAGAACGACGACAAUACCAGAAAGCAGGCACGUCACAAACACUCGCCCUCCCCAAUCCACCCCUUUUCCAGCAACGACGGGAACGGCGCCCUCUUCAUCCCCGGAGACAUCGGGGACAUCGAGGCUCACUACCGAGGGGAUGCCGACGCCGACGCCAAGCGAGUGUCUUCAAGAAGUCUGUGAGUGGACACCCUGGAUAGAUGGGAGUUAUCCAGAGCCAGACAUCGAUGGGGGAGACUUUGACACCUUCAAGAAUUUAAGAUCCAAAGGAUACCGGUUCUGUGAUGUCCCCACAGCAGUGCAAUGUAGAGCUGAGAGCUUCCCCAACACACCUUUGAACGAGCUGGAGCAGAAUGUGACGUGUAGCAAGACCGAGGGCCUCUUGUGCCUGAACAAAGAUCAGUUCCCACCCAUAUGUUACAAUUAUGAGAUCCGAAUUCAAUGUUGUGAACUGACAAAGUGUGGGAGAGAGCGGACCACCAAAACCACGUCGAUUCCUCCCUCGCAAGCGAUGAGCAGCACGGGAACCGUAACCACAGAGACUCCGAGGUCCCAUUCGGAUCGCCCGAUAAGCACAGAGCAGAAGCCCACAAUGCCCCCCAACUGUGCGCCCCAGUGCUCAUGGACCAAGUGGUUUGAUGUCGAUUUCCCAUCAUCUGGACCCAACAGCGGAGACGUUGAAACCUACAACAACAUCAUGGCGAGAGGAGAGAAGAUCUGCCACAAACCCGAAUACAUCACCCAGCUUGAGUGCCGUGCAGAGACCCAUCCUGAGGUUAGCAUUGAGGAGAUUGGACAGGUGGUAGAGUGCAACCGUGACUAUGGGCUCAUCUGUAGGAACCAGGACCAGAAGGGGAAAUUCAAGAUGUGUUUCAAUUACGAGAUUCGGGUUCUCUGCUGUGAACCCAUGGAGAACUGUCCCAUCACCACAGCUGCAUCUCCAACCACCCCCACAAGCACAUCAGUCACCACAAAGACAAGUCCUGAGACAACAUCCCAUCCUGUUCCCACCACUACCACCUCACCCCUCACUACAAUGAUAUCAGUUUCCACCUCUACCCAAGAGCACUCAAGCACUAGCCCUGUGUCUGCAAGGACAAAACCAUCCACAUCUCAUCCAUCCAAACCCUCCAGCACAUCAGUCCUGCCACCAUCCCCCACCUGUCAGCCCCAGUGCUCAUGGACCAAGUGGUUUGAUGUCGAUUUCCCAUCAUCUGGACCCAACAGUGGAGAUGUUGAAACCUACAAAAACAUCAUGGCGAGAGGAGAGAAGAUCUGCCACAAACCCGAAUACAUCACCCAGCUUGAGUGCCGUGCAGAGACCCAUCCUGAGGUUAGCAUUGAGGAGAUUGGACAGGUGGUAGAGUGCAACCGUGACUAUGGGCUCAUCUGCAGGAACCAGGACCAGAAGGGGAAAUUCAAGAUGUGUUUGAAUUACGAGAUCCGGGUUCUCUGCUGUGAACCCAUGGAGAACUGUCCUUCCACAGCAUCCACCCCAAGCUCCAUUACAACCAUUUCCAGUACUACAUCAGCCACUACCUCCACUCCAUCUACUAUGAUCCCUACAAUAUAUGUCUCCACAACCUCUACCACCUUGUCUACACAUACCAGUACACCUUGUUUCUGCUUCCUGUCUGGAAAAGUCUACCAGUCUGGAACUGUGAUUUACAACCGGACUGACAAUGCGGGGCAUUGCUACUCUGCCAUUUGCAAUAAAGACUGUACUGUGGAGAGAAGAGCAGAAAUAUGUUCCACCUCGGUUCCUCCUCCAGUCCCAUCUACACCUCCAUCCAGGUCCACAUCCGCAUCCACUCCCACGUUGCCAUCGAGGUCUUCUUCUCAUCCUCCAGUUACACCAGGAAAAUCAGGAGAUUGUCCCAAUGCAGUACCACCAAGAAAGAGGGGAGAGACUUGGUUCCUGCACAAGUGCAAGAAAGCCACCUGCGAGGGUGACGACGUGGUCACGGUAACGCCCGUGAGCUGCCCCGCAGUGAAGAAGGUGUCCUGUGCCAAUGGCUACCCUCCUGUGAAGGUUUAUGAUGACGAAGAUCACUGCUGCUACCAUUAUGAAUGUCAAUGUGUGUGCAGUGGCUGGGGAGAUCCUCACUAUAUCACCUUUGAUGGCGUCUACUACACUUUCUUGGACAACUGCACAUAUGUCCUAGUACAACAAAUCCACGCCAUCUACGACCAUUUCCGGGUGCUCAUUGACAACUACUUCUGUGAUGCCCGCGAUGGGCUAUCCUGUCCUCGGUCGAUCAUCGUCGAGUACAAGGACAAUCGCAUCGUGCUGACCCGGGCCCUGGUCCGUGGGGUGAUGGAGAAUGAGAUUAUCUUCAACAACCGGACUAUCAGUGCAGGCUUCAAGCAAGACGGCAUUGUGAUCUCUACCCUGGGCAUUAAUAUGUACGUCACCAUCCCAGAGAUUGGCGUCCAAGUCAUGUUCAGUGGGCUGCUUUUCUCUGUGGAGGUGCCCUUCACCAAGUUUGCCAACAACACAGAAGGACAGUGUGGGACAUGUACCAAUGACAAGAGAGAUGAAUGCCGCCUGCCUGAUGGGAAGAUUGUAUCCUCCUGCUCUGAAAUGUCUGGUUCCUGGAAGUAUCAUGUGCCCAACCAGCCUUACUGUGCUAAUAGACCGACCCCGACCCCGACAGUGCCUCCCCUCAGCACACCCAAGCCAUGCCCGCCUUCUCCUCUCUGCCUGCUGAUUAUGAGCGAGGUCUUUGAACCGUGCCACAGCAUCAUCCCACCACAGUUCUACUUCGAGGGCUGCGUGUAUGACCAGUGCCACAUCCCCGAGGGCAGGGUGUGGUGCUCAGGCCUGGAGCUCUACGCAGCCCUCUGUGCUGCGCAAGGCCUGUGUAUCGACUGGAGAAGCAAGACCAACGGCCAGUGUUCUUUCACCUGUCCUGAUGACAAGGUAUACCAACCAUGUGGUCCCAUCUACCCGCCCACCUGUCAAAGUCCUCAGGGAAGCAUGAACAGCAGCCUGAUCCUUGCUGAAGACGUCAGCCGAAUCACAGAGGGAUGUUUCUGCCCUGCCGGCACCACCCUCUUCAGCUCGAGCUCUAACAUCUGUGUGCCAGCCUCUCUCUCUGAGUGCCAACCCUGGUGCACAGGCCCCAACGGAGAGCCCGUGAAGAAAGGCCUGGAAAUGGCAGACAACCUGCCACUGAGUCCUGGAGGAGGGUCAGCGUCCCUUUCAUUGAUCCGGGAGAGAAGAAACCAGAGGCGGGAAGGCAGCUUCUUCCCGGCGGCUCUGGAGAUGCGGCCGAUGCCCGUGUCUGCCGUCCUCCUGAGGGCACCUGGAGCUGUGGUGUCCUCAGAUCCCUGUGAAACCUGCAGUUGUGUCCCUGAAGGCGACCCAGAGUCCCAGACACACGUCAUCAAGUGCAAGACCAAAGUCUGCGACACCCACUGUCCGAGGGGCUCCAGGAUCCAGAAGCAGCCAGGCCAGUGCUGUGGCACAUGCGUGCAGUUUGCCUGCGUGAUGCCCACCAAUGACAGCUCAGUUAAUCUGGUCUGGCCAGGGGAAACCUGGUCCAGUCCUGGGGAUAAAUGUGUCCAGUACAAAUGCGAGGAAGUCAAUGGGCAGCUCACUUUGGUGACCAUGAAGAAAGCCUGUCCCCCCGCCCUCUGCUCCCAGCCCGUGACCCUGACUGCUCUGUCUCUCCGCCUCAAAGAGGUUUACCACUGUGACGUGGGCCGACACACCCAAGUCAUCCGGAAGGGUGGCUGCAGCUCCAGCGCCCCAGUGGAGGUGACUUACUGCCAGGGCAACUGCGGAGACACGACCUCCAUCUACUCCUUCGAGGCCAACGCAUUGGAGCACCGCUGCAAGUGCUGCCGAGAGCUGAGGACCAGCCAGAGGAACGUGUCGCUGAGCUGCCCCGACGGCUCCAGCCUGGCCGUCACCUUCACCCAGGUGGAGGAGUGCGGCUGCCGGCACCUGCCAUGCGAUGACGUGCCCGGGGGCGGGAGCGGCGAGGACAGCGGAGAGAGUGAGGACAUCCAGGCGCAGAGCCGGGAGCAGGGGCCGCGCCAGGCUCCCCGUGGGGGCCAGGCCCUGCGUUGGCGAAGGGCCGCCCACGGCCUCCAGCCCCAGAGAUAA